UGUAUGCAAACUAAGGUAAAAAAAAAAACUGGAAUCGAUCGAGUGAUUCCACUCUCAGUUGUAUAUCGUUGUAACGUUUGUGGUGGAUUUCUAUGCAGAAUGAUUUUUUUCGUUGGUAAAUUUAAGCCAAGUUUAUUGAUUACACGUUUUUAAAUACAGUGAUACGGACUUUUUUUUGAACAGACAUAAUCCGCCCCUGUGCAAGUGGAAAAGUGAUUAUCUUAAUUCUAUUGCACUUUCAUCGGACUUCGAAUACUUUUCAUCGACUACUCAAUGUGACUAGCAACGGAACCGGCGACAAGAAGGUAGUUUAAGGUAAUCGAGACGUCUCUCACCGAUAUGGGGAAGCUUGGACAGCCUCUCGGAGGAUCCUGUGCCGGCUGAUAAACGCCGGCUGGUCCCAGGGGGCCCAAGACUUGAUCUCGAUGACAGUAUUCCACGGGUUUAGUGGACGCUUGCCAAUCAGUUCCUGCGGCUGGGCUUUCGGCUGACCUCUAGUGGCAGCGGACGUGGGGCUCCAAGGAGGCGCGGUCCAGUCCUGGCCCGCCACCCUGGAGGCAUGGUCCUUUGGGCCACCAUCCUAAUUCUGCAGGGAGCUGGCCUCGUCGGUUCGAUGCCCGGUAAUCCAGGAGUGCCCGAGAACAUAACGGUUAUGUUUGUCAACCCGACAUCAGUUCGCGUUUCAUGGAGCAUGAGGCAGGUGGAUUCGGUCGAUAAAUACGACGUAACUUACAAGCCGACCGAUGCCAGCCAAGACAGUUACAGGGUCGUGGCGAUUGUCGCUGGAAACAGCGAGGCAGUUACCCUGAGUGGCCUGCGUGCCGACACUCAGUACCAAUUGUUCGUCACGGCAGUACGAGCUGGAAUAAGGCUGAGGAGUCGUCCAAUCGUCUUCCGAACGCUAGAACCGCCGAAGACAUCGCCGCAGCAGGACGCGGCCGGAGCUGUGACCGGAGGUCCUGUGACACCGCCAGGACCGCCAUCGGCUCAUCAACCUCAGGCCUACAUUCAAAUCCGUGGGGUCGAGGUUGGAAUCGUUGUUUUGGUCCUGGUCGUCUGGGCCGGAGCGAUUGCACUGUUUUUUAACAGGUGGGGAAAGAUAAGGAUGCUCCUCCCCUACCAGCCUGAUUACAAGGAACAGCUCAAGGUCCCCGGUACCGGUGUUUGUGCCGCCGCCACCAACACCUGCAACCAGCACUCGACGCAACACGCCUGCUCUCAGCAUCUGCACUGGUCGAACCACCACGUCGAUUCCUUGGACAGCGCGGGUGGCCUCGGUUGGCCAAGGCCUACAAGACCACGUGUUAACAGCGCGAUAGACGUCGCCGGGUUUCUUUCCCAGGAAUUCGUGCGGCGACACGGUUCGACUUCGAGGCUUUGUCGGAAAGUUCGCAGUGCAGAUAAUUUGCCGUUGGCGGCUUCGAGCAACCGUCAACACGAUCAAAGGGGACUCCACAACCUCCGGGACGAUCUCGGCGAGGAUGAGCGACCCGACGACCGCGAGAUUUUCUUCAAGUCUUCUUCCAGGGGAAAUCAGGAUUCUCGAGAAUCGCGGGAACGCAGGACUCCUGCAGCGAGGGACGAGGAGGACGCCUCGGUGGCGCAGAUAAAUUUGGAAAAGGUACCCAAGGAAACGGAACCCUCGAGCCAGGAGGCUUCCUACCAGUUGCAUAGCUUGAGAGAGGCUGCAGGGACAACUCCAUCCCUUAUGGCUCGUCGAUUUGGGGGAUGGCGUGUCAGCGGAAGUCACGAGUACGUGCGAUGUCCGGUUCGUCAGCCUGCGUCAAUUGACGAGCGAUAUUAUCGUCGAUCCUGCGAGCCGGAUUUCGCGAGAUUGGGUCGUCACCACAACCAUCAGUCGCAUCAUCAUCAGCAGCUCCACAGCGAUCAUCAUUCCAAGAGCUGCGAUUACGCGCGACGCGCAACACCGGAAACGAGCGGCACCGAAACCCAGCAUUUCGGUCUACCGAUUUUGAGCAUCUCCGAGCCGAGUCCUCCCGACGAAAUGGACCGCGUUGACGAGUACUUGUAGAAUUUGCUUGCCGAGGAGUUCGUCGAGGAACUCCUCGUGUGACCGCGGAGCAAACCUCGCGUCACAUUCGUCAUCGUCAUCGUCGUCUUCGUCUUCGUCAAGCCGUGUGAGGAGGACUUGUGAUGAAAAAAUACUUUACAGUCGGUAACACGCACUUGUUACAUGCUCUGCGAUAUGAACGAUGAUGUUUAAACCCGGUAUAACGCGAAACUUGAAAACUGAGUUAAUCAUGUUUGUGACGUGACGUCGGACUUCGAUCAUCUUAUUCGAAUCGGGAAUUUGAAGAGAUAAGAAAAAAACACCGUGCUAUUUCGUUCCAGUCGUCAACGAUCGGUUCUCCGCAUUGUUAGUCGACGAUGAAAUUUAAAUACGCGUUGGCAGAAUCUGUAAUACCAGUGAAAUUUAAGCACAUAUCUACGUCUAAUUAUGAUAGUGAUAUCAGGGACCUCGGCGUUUCUAUAAUUUUAAUCAAGAUUAAACGAAGCUUGGCUGAUAAUUAUUAAAAUCCUAUACGCGUACGUAUAUGUAUGUACGUAACAGAAAAGGAUCCGGAGUCGUAACUGUACAGGUGAAAGAGCCCACGCACGCACAUAGAUUUACCCAUGUUACGAAUUAACGAACAUUAUUAACGGUAAUUGAAAACCAUCCGUUGACGUAACUCAAAUUAUACGAAGAAUAAAUGCGCGCGACGAAGGCUGUGGGAGUGAUUGUUUCAUCCUCGAUAAUUAAUUCGGAUAUAUAUUUUCGCCGUAUAUAGUUACCAAAUGCACGGCUGACGGCAAGUUUUCGUAUUUGGUAAACGGCAAUAUGGCGCCGAAAAGAUCGAUCAGCUGAUGAAUCGUUUUGGGUGAAUUACACGCUUGUGAGAACGCGGGAAACGUUGUGCAAGCCGCUUCGCUCUGCUUUCGUAACCUUAAGUUAAGAACAAUUGAAAAAUCGGACAAAAAACCAGUUUUAUAAUUAAAUAUGAGCGCGUAAUCCAUGAUUUUCUUUCAUUGUCAGCCGCGUUACGUCAUUCGGUGAAGUGCUGAAUUCAUUAAUUAGUUCUCUUCUCGUUAGGCUAAUGAGAAUCUGGAUUAUCCUCACAAAAAAAAAAUAAAUAAAAUAAAAAUUAACUAUUCAAAUUCUGAAGCUCUCGAGGUAUCGAUUUUUGUUUCUAUCUUUUUGUCCUUUUCCAUGUAUUAUGUAUAUUGAAUACAAGUACCCAAAGUAUUUACGAAUACGAGCUGAGUAUACAGUAAUAGUACCAAAGUCCUUCUAACGUAAAAGUUUCAGUUUUCGGUGGCUCUUGUAACUUUAUUUAAUUAAAAACCCUCAAGUGAGAGACUACGGAAUUUUUCGUAAAACAAAUAAAAAAGCUAUCAAAAGCAUCAAGGCUCUCACGUAGCAGCUACACCUUCACCGAAUACUUUUCUCAUUUUUGUUCAAUCUCUUGUUCGAAAAUCUCUGGACAAAGUAGAACAACAUUAGAAUCAAUACAGAUAAAAAUUAUUUCUUUGAAGACCUCUUUCUUUAUUUUACAUUUUUUCUUUUUUUCACGUUUUCCUCCCCGUUCCUUGUUUUCUCUCACUUUAUCUCCAAGGCCUGAAACAAUGCUUCGUCAUGCGGUUGCACAACGCGAUUUUCGUAACUAAUUAUCUAUUUAUACCACGACCAGCGUUCUAUAUCCAUAUAAGGUCAACCUGCAGCGAGUUUCCCAACUAAUUCGUUAAUGGCAUUAAUUUAUGUGUACUCCGAUACGUGUAUGCGUGCGUACGUAUCUAUAUCACGCAUAAACUAUAUGCCCUGACUGUACAGAUACGUUCACCGAUAUUAUUUCACGCGUCACAUGUGGGGUAUAUUUAUGUGCAAGAAUUGCGUACGUAUAAAUAAUACCUGUAUACCUAUAUAUAUAUAUAUCCAUAAACGUGAGCUUUCACCUGCAACAGAAAAUAUGCGGCUCGCAUCGAUUAGAGAUAUGUGUAGGUAUGUAUUUAUUUACGCACCUUGGCAAUGUGACCUUCAUGCAGGGUGUGUACGUGUAUUCCCUUGCGCGAUCAUUGAUCGAACGAACUCAUGUGUAUAUAUAUAUAUAAAUAUAUAUAUAUAUAUAUAUAUAUAUAUAUAUAUAUAUAUACACAUACAUAUGUGACGUAUAAAAUAGAAACGAGACUGAUGCGUGGGAUAUGCAUAGAGUUGGAUGUUUUAUGCAACACGUCACACUGUGGGUAGUUUUGGCAUUGCGGGAAAAUCGGAUGAAGUGCCGAAGAAUUCGGAUAAUUAUGGUGAUUUAUGAGGCGAAAAGUUUAAAAAAAGUAAAGAAAUGAGAGGAAAGGAAAAUUAUUAACGUUGAAAAAUAAUGAUACAUACCCUAUACCUGCUACGUGUAGCUUUAAAUACUAUGAGACCAAUUAAGUCAAACUGGAUCGAUUCCACUAUCAAUUCGAAAGAAAUGUCGUUCCUUGUUUUUUUUUCAAUUUGAAAAAUUCCGAGCUUCUUUCACGGAGUGAAAUUAAUGAAAAUCGAACCAAUUGCGUAUUUAUAAUACAUAUAUUUUAUAUCAACAUGUUAAGGUGAAACAUCUAUUAUGUAUAAUGAUCGCGUAAUGACGAGCGUAUUUUUUAUCUUCUAAGCCCUACACGCAUGCAUAAUUAUCUAUUUACACCUUAUACAUGUGUGUAUAUUUUCUAAGCAACAUGACCUGUACCGUACGUGUCUCGAUGUACAUUUGCCUAAUGCGAGACGUUACUGUAUUGUACAGUGUCCAUGUACCUGUGUGCUGAUUCGAAAACGAUAUCGUUUGGAAAAAUUGUUUAGCAUUUACAUCCCUCGUGUUAUUUCACAUAUGUGUGACUAAACAAUAAUUAUGUUUACCGGAAAUAAUCAAACAUUAUUCUUGAUCGUCAAUUUAUGAUCAUUCAUUUGAAUAUUAUAUAAAUUGUAAAUAUAUCACCAAUGCGUAAAGUUUCGAGACAUUGAACGAGAGAGAAAUUAAGGAGAGAGAUUGUACAGAAUUGAUCAAAGCGUGUAUCCAAUUUCAAAGUCAAUAUUCUGUCAUCAAUACAUAAUGUAAUAACGUCAACAUACAAGAAUAACAAUCGAUCGGUAGUGUCUUGAACAAUUUUCUACUAUUGAAAAUUGUAUUCUUGUGUAAAUUAUACUUAAAUUAAUAUACUUGUAUUAUAAUUUAUAUAUACAUAUAUAAUAACUGCGGAAAAGAAAAACUAUUUAUGAUCGAUUAUAAUAACAGUUUUAAGAAUUGACUGGUUGCUUGAUCGGCGAAACCCACGCUCACUAAAAAUAUGCCUGAUGCGAUUUUUUUUCUCAUUGCGAUAACUAGUUUAAGCGUUACAAGCUUCGCUAAUAAUAAUAAUGUGUAAAACAGUGCCAUAUUAUUAUAUUUCAUUGGCGAAUUAGAAUAGCUAAACAUUCGAUUUUUCCAACGUACACUUUUAUACCUAUACAACGUAUUUCAUGUAUCAUACAUUUAUCUUAAAUUAAUGUCGUCAAAGAAACGAAUAUAAGCUCCUAUAGUACCUGCACAACAAUUGACGUUAAAAAAAAAAAAAUCGAUAAAGUCCGCGAUUAUCGAUUAUUUUUUAUGGUGAAAGAGAGAAAAUUAAUUUAACCCAUCGCAAAGCAGAUGCGAUCUUCAAUUCGAUUCUACUUGGUUCAGUGCGCGAGGUCGUCACGGAUGCUUAAUUUAUCAUUCAUAAUUUAAUUUCUCUACACAUGUAAGAUUCACUCGAUAAAAUUCGUCGCAUAAAAGGUACACGUCGAAUAAACGCAAAUUGCUGACUUGGCCCGGUUAUCAUCCUGUACUUAUAUUAUAUACACACUAUCCGUAUACCUGUAAUGGAAUAUUGGAAGAGUUUGCGAUACUUAUACGUGCUUCAUGCGCUCGUCGUAAUUAGCUAACGUUUCGAGCGAUACUUGGCGGUUCGGUACAAUCAAUAACCGGUGCCCUAAAUCCUAGUACAAGCUCUCGUCACUGGCCAAUUAUUUACUAUUACAUCCUCGACGUCGCAACGACUUACCCAGACGUGAUUACCCCUUACGAGGAUUUAGGUCGAAGCACAAAACCGUACGUAACAUUCCUUUCCCCAGUUCGAGCAAGCUUUGCACGGACGUAUCAUUCGAGAAAUGUGAAUUUUCAUCAUUCAAGAGGUUGUAUUUCUGAAAAUGUUCCCUGUUCGCGUAAAAAUUUUCGACGCAAAACGUCUUGGGGGGCGGAUGAAUCGAUAACAAAAUGGCGAUAGGUAACCGUCAUGGCCGCCGUGGACACGCUUGCGAUUAAAUUUUGACGAUAAAAUCAUUUCCAGAGUUUACAAAUACCCGAACGCUAACUCAAGCCAAAGAAAACCAUGGCAAGAAUGGUUAAUAGGCGAUUUCAUCUUCGACGAUUGCCUGAAAACUGAGAAAUCGGCAUGCAAAGACUAAUCGUACGGGGUGUGCGUGAAGUGCGUGGUGAAGUUGAAAUUCUAUAUUCCUUCUAUUUUUAAGUUCGUGUAACGUGUCCGAUGCAUUGCGUUUCAACCGCGAGCUGGAUAGGGAUAAAAAUGUCACUGUUACGUGACAUCGCGUCUAUUUCUCAUUGCUGUUACACAGUUACACGCCUAUGACGUCCCUACGUCCACUAAUUAUAUCGAUCCCUUUGACAGUUUAUUUAUUAUUCAGUUGUACCCGCUCGAUAGAGAAUCCCUUCGUUGUAUGUACAAUGUACAUACAUGUGAAUGUAGUGUAUAUAUGUAAAUACAUAACACAUACACGCAAAUGUAUACAGGUAUAGUAUCUUGUGUAUUUAGGGCGAAAUGAAGGCGAUUUUGACGAGUGCGAAGUUAGCCGUCCGAGCGAAUUCAGGGCGGCCGAUCACACGAGUCAAAAUUGCUUUCCGCUUGUGAUGUAUACAUUUUUUAUCCCACUCUGUUUGAAAACACGGCUUUUCAAAGCAGUGAUAUGGUGACCGGUGCACACAAAGCUUCAUAAAAUACGAGAAAGGAGCGGAAACUUCAGCGGAUGGGAAAGCACAAUGAGCGGCGAAGCCACCCGACUGUUCAAAAAAUGAUUCUCUCAUUUGGUUUAACAAAGGUAUUUACCGCAAUUAACAAACAAAACACGAUUCUUUAUUUGAUACAAUAUGUAUAAUUGUAUUGUUUGAAAUGAUAAAAAAAAAAUUAUAUAUACAAAUACCAUUUAUCGUGAGAUUCUAUUAAAGUAUCGAGCUCUGACUAAAUACAAAAAAUAAAUAAAUCUUUUUACAUUGAUUGUGUUUCGUUGCUCGUCGUCAAUGACGUGAAAUUGGCUACAAACCGCCGUACCGUCAUUAUACCAAUCAAGUAACUCGGGUUUGUUAUUUAAAAGCCGUAUUUUCAAGGGGUGUCGGAUAAAAAAUUUAUAUACUCGCAAGCAUUUCAUUUGUGAUUCGGGUGAUUUUUGCUCUGCUCAGCUCGACGAGUCAUUGUUAGAAGAGGAUAAGGGCAGUAUUACAAGUACAUAGCUCAACAUAUUGCCGAUUGUACCAACGACGAGACGAAUUUUUUUUAUUUUUUUUCUUUCGCAGCUUUGCCGAUUCGCUUGUUAUUUGCCGGGCUGCUUGAAAUUUGCAAAUUUCAUCAAUUCCUUGGAUUCGACUUAUCGCAGAUUUUCACCUAGCAAUAUUCGACUAAGCUGGUGUAUUCUCAAUGCUGGCUUCUAUGUACGAUUAUUCUGAAAAGAAAUCUUCACCUGUUUUCUAUCUGUAUCAUAUAUACAUGUCCCCGUGCUGUGUAGUGAAUUACGCAAUUACAAUAUUCGCAUACACAGCUGAUAUGACCAAUACACUCUGUCCGAAAAAAAAAAAAUAAAAAUUAAUCAUCGUUGCCUUUCGAUAUCAUAAGUAUAUCCAAUCAAUUUUUUUAAUAACGAUGAAUUUUAUUCUUUUCCCAACAUAUCGGUGUAAAAUUUAUGACCAAAACUGCUAUUUUUCCGGCACAGUUAUAAGGGCAGUAUACUAUUAUAUAGUACCUAUUAGGUGUAACUUGUCGCAUUUGUCUCUACCUGUACAUAUUAUAUGUGUACGAUAUUAUACGUGAAUGAUUCUUAAUUUAAAUGUAUAAAAAAUAUGAAAAACUAUGUCCGUGAUCGGUAAUUGGAAGAUGCACAUCGUUGCGGAUUAUAAUUCGCGGGAAAAUCUAUAUGCGUUGUAACUCGUAUCUGGGAUAUCUGAUGUCACAAUGGGGUCCAAUGAUAUGUUGUUGAUUAAAAAUUCGAAGUGAAUAAAUGAAUAAAAAUUAAAGAAACAAACACAUAUGGUAUAUUAUAUUAUACAUUUACAUAUAUAUAUAUAUAUAUAUAUAAACAUAAAAUACGUGGUCAAUUCUUAUUAUUAUACGUAUAUAAUGGGUACAUGGUAUAAAAUUUUUAACUCUAACGAUAUGUUGUAACAUCGGUUUUUUUCCCGUAGAGCUUACGUCCUUGUAAGAUACAUUAUACACGUAAACGCGUAAAGACCGCUGCUUGGUUAAAUAUCGAUUGAAAUUACCCAUCAUAUCCUUGAUUUUAUUAAUAAAUAUAAUUAUUGUACAUACGCAUAUACAUAUAAUCAUGAGUUAUUAAAGUGAAUUAUUUCAUUCGCAUCUUAACGUUACUCAAACUUUCAUCCAACUUGACGAUAUGUUGAAAGGUGUUUUUCGUAUAAGAACUGAGUCAGUGUUAAAUAUAUAUCAAUGUUACACUGUAUAGAUUAAUCGCAAUCAUAAUUUACAUACGCAUCAAAAAUAAUUCAAGUUUUAUGUACUCGGUGCGAGAUCCUGGCGAAUAUCUUGGCAGACUCUUAAUACUAUAUAGCUAUAUUGAAAUAUGAAAAAGAAAAGCUUCGCAAAGGGUAGGAAGAAUAAAUGUUUACAAAAAUAACUGGUGCAGGUUCAUGGUUUCAUACGUUUAUUCGAAAUUACGUUCUUGUUUAUUAUCAUCAUUUCAUGUAAUAAUAGGUAUGUGACAAUACGUAUACAUGGUCAGAUAUUUUACUAUAGAAACAAAAAAAAAAAAAAUGUAUGUAUUAUAUACAAUUAUCCGCAAAUGUCUCUAAUCGUUAUCAUAGAAUAUUUGUACUCUUUUGUUGUUUCUUUCAUAUUUAAUUAGCUCGUUAUUGUUAUUUUAUAUGUUACCUACGUCGAAAAUUGGGGAUGACAAAAGAGAAAAAUUGACCAAAAAGUGUGACGAAUCUUAAAAAACAUAAUCAAAACGAUUCGCGAGUCAUUAUAUUCACGUAUUAUUGUAUAACAACAUAACUAAUUGUACAAAUGAUCGAAUUAUCCUUAAACUGGCGAUAACAUUCAUGCGAAUAUAUCGUCAAUAAAUCAAUAUGAAUAAUACAACAUAUGAAUGUACUGAUUCAAAUCUUUCCUAUGAAUGGCAAAAUCGUAUUGUACUAAUAUUUAACGCUGUGAAAUUUCUUCUGCUUUACUACGUAGUAUAUUUUAAAUAAACGUUUGAAAAAAAGAAAAGGGAGGAUUGCCAAUGUUGUAUAUUAUGCACGCGAGUAAUAAAUCAUAUUACGAUGAUAAUAAUAAUAUAGUUAUAUAUCACUAUUUAUUAGCA